UCAUGCCGAUGGUCUAACCUCGGGCCCCUCCCCGGAAAAUAAACUCACGAAAGUCUCUUAUUCGCCGGAAAAGAAUACAGAGAUGGAUUAUCCGGCGACGCCGGAGUCGAUCUUUCUGGAAGACUUCGGUCAGAAGGUUGACCUCACCCGGCGGAUCCGUGAGGUGCUGUUGAACUACCCGGAGGGGACCACGGUCCUCAAGGAGCUCAUACAGAACGCCGACGAUGCCGGCGCCACCACUGUCCGGCUCUGCCUGGACCGCCGUCUCCAUGGCUCUGACUCGCUCUUGUCUGACACCUUGGCGCAGUGGCAAGGCCCGGCGCUCUUGGCCUAUAACGACGCGGUUUUCACCGAAGAGGAUUUCGUUAGUAUUUCUAGGAUCGGUGGGAGUAGUAAGCAUGGGCAGGCGUGGAAGACCGGCCGAUUCGGGGUUGGCUUCAACUCGGUGUAUCAUUUAACUGAUCUGCCUUCGUUUGUGAGUGGCAAGUAUGUGGUAUUAUUUGAUCCUCAGAGUUUUUACCUUCCUAAGGUUUCUGCAGCAAAUCCUGGAAAGCGAAUUGACUAUGUUAGUUCUUCAGCCAUCUCACUAUAUAAAGACCAAUUCUUUCCAUAUUGUGCUUUUGGUUGUGACAUGAAACUUCCUUUUGCUGGAACUUUAUUCCGUUUCCCUUUGAGGAAUGCAGAUCAGGCAGUCAGAAGUAAGCUCUCAAGGCAAUCGUACAUGGAAGAUGACAUCUCUUCCAUGUUUGUUCAGCUUUAUGAGGAGGGAGUUUUCACACUACUCUUUCUCAAAAGUGUUAUGUGUGUUGAAAUGUAUGUGUGGGAUGUUGGAGAACCUGAGCCGACGAAGCUUUAUUCUUGCUCAGUGAGUUCAGUGAACAGUGAUACUGUUUGGCAUCGGCAGGCACUACUUAGGUUAUCAAAGUCAAUAAAUUCUACUGAUAGCAUGGUGGAUGCCUUUUCAUUAGACUUCUUGAGUGAAGCAACAAUUGGAACCCAAUCUGAGAAGAGGAUGGAUAGUUUUUAUAUAGUGCAAACAAUGGCUUCAGCGUCCAGUAGGAUUGGUUCUUUCGCUUCUACUGCAUCCAAUGAAUAUGAUAUUCACUUGCUGCCAUGGGCAUCAGUUGCAGCAUGCACAUCAGACGAUUCACUUAAUAAUAAUGCUCUUAAGCUUGGUCGGGCAUUCUGUUUCCUUCCUCUACCUGUUAGAACCGGAUUAAGUGUCCAAGUUAAUGGGUACUUUGAGGUGUCGUCAAACCGUCGUGGCAUUUGGUAUGGAGCUGACAUGGACAGAAGUGGAAAAAUUCGUUCUACCUGGAACAGGCUUCUUUUAGAAGAUGUUGUGGCUCCCAUUUUUACACAAUUGCUGCUUGGUGUGCAAGGGUUGCUGGGUCCAUCAAAUUUAUACUAUUCUUUAUGGCCCAAUGGUUCUUUUGAAGAGCCGUGGAAUAUUUUGGUCAAGCAGAUAUACAGAAACAUCUGCAAUGCUCCUGUGUUGUAUUCAGAACUUGAAGGAGGAAAAUGGGUUUCACCAGUUGAAGCUUUUCUUCAUGACGAGGAAUUCAGUAAAAGUAAGGAGCUUGGUGAGGCCCUGGUGCAGCUAGGAAUGCCUAUUGUGCAUUUACCUGAUGUUUUGUUUAAUACGCUUUUGAGAGACGCUUCUGAAGUUAAGCAGAAAGUGGUAACUCCUGAUACAGUACGCCAUUUUCUUAGGGAAUGCAAAACUCUUGUUUCUUUAAGCAAAUCUUACAAGCUUGUACUGUUGGAAUAUUGUCUUGAAGACUUAAUAGAUGCUGAAGCUGUUACACAUGCAUAUGAUCUACCUUUGCUUCCUUUGGCAAAUGGUGAUUUCGGAUUAUUGUCAGAAGCAACAAAAGGAAUUUUUUAUUUUGUUUGCAGUGAGUUAGAGUACAUGCUACUUCAACAAAUUUCUAAUAGAUUAAUUGAUCAGAAGAUUCCUCUCAACAUACUGACUAGACUUUCUGGUAUUGCAAAGUCAUCAAGGUCAAAUCUUGUUAUUUUCAGCAUUCAUUAUUUCCUUCAGUUCUUCCCUAUGUUUGUACCUGCUGAAUGGAAAUAUAAAAGCAAAGUUUUCUGGGACCCAGAGUCUUGUCAUGAUCAUCCGACUGUAUCAUGGUUUGUGUUAUUGUGGCAAUAUCUGCAGAAUCAGUGUGAGAACUUGUUGUUGUGUGGUGAUUGGCCUAUCUUGCCAUCCACAUCUGGGCACCUGUACAGAGUUUCUAAACAAUCGAAACUUAUUAGUGCAGCAAAACUUUCCAUUAAGAUGCGAGACAUACUUGCUAUGAUUGGAUGCAAGAUACUAAAUCCCAAUUAUGGAGUUGAACACCCAGAUUUAUGUCACUAUGUAUGUGAUGCCGAUGCUGCAGGUGUUUUGGAAUCAAUAUUUGAUGUUGUCUCUUCAGAUGGUUGCAGCAUUGUGCAAACUCUUCGUAUUUUGGGAGUGGAAGAGAGGAAUGAGCUUCGUGGAUUUCUUUUUGAUCCAAAAUGGUAUAUCGGAGACUGUAUGGAUGAUUCUAACAUUAGAAAUUGCAAGAUGCUGCCUAUCUAUAGAGUCUUUGGUGGAGGAUCUUCUCAAGGUAUCCAAUUUUCUGACCUAGAGAAUCCUCGAAAGUAUUUACCACCAUAUGAUGUCCCUGAAUACUUUUUGGGAGGUGAGUUCAUUGUUGGCUCUUCGACUCGUGAAGAAGAGAUUCUGUUAAGGUAUUAUGGAAUUGAGAGAAUGGGGAAGGCAUGUUUCUACAGAAAACAGGUGUUCGGUAGAGUCAGGGAGUUGCAACCUGAAAUUCGUGACGGUGUCAUGCUCUCUGUUUUGCAAAACCUACCACAAUUGUGUGUUGAGGACUUGUCUCUCCGGGAAUGCUUGAGAAGUUUGGAAUUUGUCCCAACCCUUAGUGGUGCUCUUAGGUGUCCUGACAUGUUGUAUGAUCCUCGUAAUGAAGAAUUAUAUGCAUUAUUAGAAGACUCUGAUAAUUUCCCUUAUGGUCCUUUCCAAGAAUCUGGCAUUUUGGACAUGCUACAAGGAUUGGGCCUUAGAACGUCUGUAUCUCCUCAGACUGUGAUAGAAAGCGCUAGGCAGGUAGAACGAUUAAUGCAUGAGGAUCAACAAACUGCAUAUUCAAGAGGCAAAGUACUUCUCUCCUACUUAGAAGCUAAUGCUAUGAAGUGGCUACCCAGUCCAGCAAAUGAUGAUCAAGGAACAGUGAACAGAAUGUUCUCACGAGCUGCAACUGCAUUCAGACCUCGCAACUUGAAAUCUGACCUUGAAAAGUUCUGGAAUGAUCUCCGGAUGAUCUGCUGGUGCCCAGUUUUAGUUUCUGCUCCUUUUCAGACAUUACCAUGGCCUGUUGUGUCAUCCAUGGUUGCUCCCCCCAAGCUUGUAAGAUUGCAAACGGACUUGUGGCUUGUUUCUGCGAGCAUGCGAAUACUGGAUGGAGAAUGCUCUUCCACAGCACUAUCAUAUGGACUUGGAUGGUCUUCUCUGCCAGGUGGAAGUGUGAUUGCUGCUCAACUACUUGAGCUUGGAAAAAAUAAUGAGAUAGUGAAUGAUCAGGUUCUCAGGCAAGAAUUAGCCCUGUCAAUGCCGAGGAUAUACUCAAUACUGACAGGCUUGAGUGGCUCAGAUGAGAUGGACAUUGUAAAGGCUGUUCUUGAAGGUUGUCGGUGGAUAUGGGUGGGAGAUGGAUUUGCAACCUCGGACGAGGUGGUCCUUGAUGGUCCACUCCAUUUGGCUCCUUAUAUACGUGUUAUACCUGUUGAUUUAGCAGUUUUCAGAAAUUUUUUUUUAGAACUUGGCAUUCGGGAAUUCCUGACGCCCACUGAUUACGCUGAUAUUCUGUGUAGAAUGGCUGUGAAGAAGGGUUCCUCCCCUCUUGAUGCACCAGAAAUCAGGGCAGCCAUAUUGAUUGUGCAGCAUCUGGCUGAAGCUCCUUUUUGUGACCAGCAAGUAAAGGUCUAUUUACCUGAUGUUUCAGGCAGACUACUUCCUGCCAGUGACUUGGUUUAUAAUGAUGCUCCCUGGUUGCUUGGCUCAGAAGAUCAUGAUAACUCAUUUCUUGGUGCCUCAAAUUUGACAUUGAACAUGAAGAGAACAGUUCAUAGAUUUGUUCAUGGGAACAUAUCCAAUGAUGUUGCUGAAAAACUUGGUGUCUGCUCGCUUCGUAGAACCUUGCUAGCUGAGAGUGCUGAUUCGAUGAAUGUGAGUUUGUCCGGAGCUGCAGAAGCUUUUGGACAGCAUGAAGCCUUGACAACGAGGCUUAAACAUAUACUUGAAAUGUAUGCAGAUGGACCUGGGAUUCUAUUUGAGCUGGUACAAAAUGCAGAGGAUGCAGGAGCUUCUGAGGUGACCUUUCUCUUGGAUAAAACUCAGUAUGGGACUUCUUCUGUUCUCUCUCCUGAAAUGGCAGAUUGGCAAGGCCCUGCAUUGUACUGUUUUAAUGACUCUGUUUUCAGUCCGCAAGAUCUUUAUGCCAUCUCACGCAUUGGUCAAGAAAGUAAACUAGAGAAGCCCUUUGCAAUUGGAAGAUUUGGGUUGGGUUUUAAUUGUGUCUAUCAUUUUACAGAUAUCCCCACAUUUGUUUCUGGGGAAAACAUUGUUAUGUUUGAUCCUCAUGCAUGUAAUUUGCCUGGGAUUUCUCCCUCCCACCCUGGCCUGCGAAUAAAAUUUGUGGGUCGAAGGAUCUUGGAACAAUUUCCUGAUCAAUUCUCUCCUUACUUACACUUUGGUUGUGAUUUGCAGCACCCAUUUCCUGGAACCUUAUUUCGUUUUCCACUUAGGACUGAGACUGUUGCUUCCCGAAGCCAAAUAAAGAAAGAAGGAUACGCCCCUGAAGAUAUCAUUUCUCUUUUUUCUUCUUUCUCAGAGGUUGUGUCUGAUGCUCUGCUUUUCCUGCGGAAUGUGAAAGUUAUCUCUGUUUUUGUGAAGGAGGGACCUGGACAUGAAAUGCAGCUUAUACGUCGUGUGGACAAGCAUUGCAUUAGUGAGCCUGAAAUUGAAUCCAAUGCACUACAGGAUAUGUUUAGCCUCUUCAAUGGAAAUCUGCAUACUGGAAUGGAUAAAGACCACUUCCUGAAGAAAUUGAGAAAGUCCAUUGAUAGAGAUUUGCCAUAUAAAUGUCAAAAGAUUAUUACUACGGAGCACAGCUCAUCUGGUGAUAUAUCACACUGUUGGAUGACAACUGAAUGUAUAGGUGGUGGGUUAGCUAAGAAAAACUCUGCAGCAUCUAAUGACAAGUCCUAUAAUUCUAUCCCAUGGGCAUGUGUUGCUGCAUAUUUACAUUCUGUCAAGGUUGACAGGAAAUUGAUUGACAUCCCAAAGACAGAGGAUUUGGUUAUGAAUACUCCCGAUUUGUUUCAGGUUCCUACGGCUUCCACUCAAGAUAGGAAGGAUUUCGAAGGCCGCGCCUUCUGCUUUUUGCCACUGCCAAUUAGCACUGGUCUUCCAGCACAUAUUAAUGCAUAUUUUGAAUUGUCCUCAAAUCGUAGGGACAUCUGGUUUGGUAAUGACAUGGCAGGUGGUGGAAAAAAACGCUCAGACUGGAAUAUUUACAUCCUUGAAGAUGUUGUUGCCCCUGCUUAUGGUCAUUUGCUUGAGAAAGUCGCAUUGGAGGUUGGCCCCUGUGAUUUAUUUUUUUCAUUAUGGCCUACAACAGCAGGAUUAGAACCUUGGGCAUCAGUGAUUCGGAAUCUCUACAUUUUUGUUGCUGAUUUUAGUCUUCGGGUAUUAUUCACAAAAGCAAGAGGGGGACAGUGGAUUUCAACCAAGCAAGCUGUUUUUCCUGAUUUUACUUUCCACAAGGCACAUGAUCUUGUAGAGGCAUUAUCAGAUGCUGGUCUACCUCUUGUGACCGUUUCUCAGCAAAUUGUAGAGAGAUUCAGAGAGUUCUGCCCUUCGUUGAAUUUCCUGACACCAGAGUUGUUAAGGACUUUGUUGAUUUAUAGAAAACGUGGAUUUAAGGACCGGAAUGCAAUGAUUUUGACCCUUGAAUAUUGCUUAAUUGACUUAAUAGUACCUGUUCAAUUGGACAGUUUAUGUGGUUUGCCAUUAUUACCUCUUGCUGAUGGGUCAUUUACAAAAAUUGACAGGAAGGGGUUUGGUGAAAGAAUCUAUAUUUCAAAGGGGGACGAGUAUGGUCUUCUCAAGGAUUCAGUUCCACAUCAACUAGUUGACGGCGAAAUCCCAGAAGGAAUUCAUGGGAAGCUAUGUGACAUAGCCCUUGGCAAAGACUCGAAUAUUUCUUUUCUCUCAUGCGAUUUGCUUGAGAAACUCUUUUUGAAAUUACUUCCAGCAGAGUGGCAGCAUGCAAAACAGGUGACUUGGACUCCUGGUCAUCAGGGCCAUCCAAGUUUAGACUGGAUAAGACUUCUGUGGGGCUAUUUGAAGUCAUCUUGUGAUAACCUUUCCGUGUUUUCUAACUGGCCUAUUUUGCCUGCUGGGAGUAAUUAUCUUUUGCAACUAGUUGAAAAUUCAAAUGUGAUUAAAAAUGAUGGGUGGAGUGAGAACAUGUCCUCUUUGUUGCUGAAAGUAGGAUGUCUAUUCUUGAGGCAUGACCUACCAAUAGAUCAUCCACAGUUGGAAAAGUUUGUGCAGUCACCAACGGCAACUGGCAUAAUAAAAGCGUUUCUGGCGAUUGCUGGUAAGCUAGAAAAUAUUGAGGGGCUUUUUUGUGAUGCAUCAGAAGGGGAGCUACAUGAACUCCGGAGUUUUAUUCUUCAGUCCAAAUGGUUCUUUGAAGAGCAUAUUGAAGACACACAUAUUGACAUCAUCAAAUGCCUACCUAUGUUUGAGUCAUAUAGAACUAGAAAGCUAGUAAGUUUGAGUAAACCUAUCAAAUGGCUUAAACCUAAUGGUGUGCACGAUGAUCUUUUGAAUGAUGACUUUGUACGCACAGAAACAGAAAAGGAAAGAAUCAUUUUGAGAAGGUAUUUGGAGAUUAAAGAACCCUCCAGGGUGGAACUCUACAAAGAUUUUGUGCUCAACCGCAUGUCGGAAUUUGUUUCACAGCAGGAGGCUCUUUCAGCCAUUCUACAUGAUGUGAAGCUAUUGAUUGAAGAGGAUAUUUCAAUUAAAUCUGCACUUUCCACAACACCUUUUGUGUUGGCAGCCAAUGGAUCUUGGCAACAGCCAUCCAGGCUUUAUGAUCCUCGUGUUCCUGAGCUGCGAAAGAUGCUGCACAGUGAAGUUUUCUUUCCUUCUGACAGAUUCUCUGAUCCUGAAACUUUGGAGACUUUAGUAAGCCUUGGGCUUAGAAGAACUCUAGGUUUUUCUGGUUUGCUUGAUUGUGCUAGAUCAGUUUCUCUAUUGCAUGAUGCUGGGGACUCAGAAGCUCUGAGUUAUGGGAGGAAGUUACUUGUCUGUUUAGAUGCUCUGGCAUUAAAGCUCUCAACUGAUGGAGGGGCAGGAAAUUGGGAUGAAUCGGAGGGUGCCAUGCUACGUAAUGACAACAGUCUUGUAGAUGGUAAUCCAAUGUGUGUUGACUCUUCCGAGAGGGAUAAGAACUAUUGUGUAGAAAAUCUUGACUCUAGUUUUCUUUUAGGCACCAUUAUUGAUGACAAACCGGAAGAAGAAUUUUGGUCUGAAAUGAAGGCUAUUGCUUGGUGUCCUGUUUCUGUUGAUCCACCUUUAAAAGGACUCCCUUGGUUAAAAUCACGUAAUCAAGUAGCAGCCCCAAGCAUGGUGAGACCUAAAACACAGAUGUGGAUGGUGUCGUGUUCAAUGCAUAUACUAGAUGGCGAAUGCUGCUCAAUGUACCUACAACAUAAACUUGGUUGGAUGGAUUGCCCAACCAUAGAUGUUUUAUCCACUCAGUUAAUUGAGCUAUCCAAGUUCUAUGGCCAGCUUAAGUUACAGUCUUUGGUGGAACCUGAUUUUGAUGCUGCACUGCAAAAAGGGAUACCAUUGCUUUACUCAAAAUUGCAAGAUUAUAUUGGUACCGAGGAUUUGAUGGUGCUAAAAUCAGCUUUAACCGGUGUUUCCUGGGUUUGGAUUGGCGAUGAUUUUGUAUCUCCAAAUGCACUUGCAUUUGAUUCACCUGUCAAGUUCUCUCCUUAUUUGUUUGUUGUUCCAUCUGAAUUAUCGGAAUUUAGAGUUUUGCUUUUGGAAUUGGGUGUCAGACUUAGUUUUGAUGUAUGGGACUAUUUUAAUGUAUUACAGCGCUUGCAGAAUGAUGUGAAAGGGUUCCCAUUGUCCACAGAUCAGUUAAGUUUUGUCCAUUGUGUCCUCGAAGCUGUUGCUGACUGUUGCUCAGACAAACCAUUGUUUGAAGUUUCUGAGACUCCAUUCUUAAUUCCAGAUUCUUUUGGAGUUCUAAGGCAUGCACGGGAUCUUGUGUACAAUGAUGCACCAUGGAUGGAAAACCAUACUCCUGCUGGGAAACAUUUUGCACAUCCAAGUAUCAGCAAUGAUCUGGCAAACAGGUUGGGUGUACAGUCACUUCGAUGCCUCUCUUUGGUCGAUGAAGAGAUGACUAAAGAUUUGUCAUGCAUGGACUAUGCUAGAAUAAAUGAGCUUUUGGCAUUGUAUGGGAACAAUGACUUCUUGUUGUUUGACCUUCUUGAGUUGGCAGAUUGCUGCAAAGCCAAAAAGCUACACCUUAUCUUUGACAAGAGGGAACAUCCUCGCCAGUCUUUGCUGCAGUACAAUCUAGGUGAAUUUCAAGGGCCUGCCCUAGUAGCCAUUUUGGAAGGGGUCAGCUUGAGUAGAGAGGAAGUAAGUGGCCUCCAGCUCCUCCCUCCAUGGAGACUUCGGGGCGAUACUCUUAACUAUGGUUUGGGACUGCUUAGCUGUUAUUUCGUCUGUGAUCUCCUAUCAAUUAUUUCUGGUGGCUACUUUUACAUGUUUGAUCCUCGUGGUCUGGCAUUAGCUCUACCUUCAGCUUGUGCUCCUGCAGCAAAAAUGUUUUCACUGACUGGUACUAAUUUGACUGGGCGAUUUUGUGAUCAAUUUAGUCCGAUGAUGAUUGGUCAAAAUAUGUCAUGGUCACCAUCAGAUUCUACCAUUAUCCGCAUGCCGUUGUCGUCAGAAUGUUUAAAAGAUGGACUGGAGAUUGGAUUAAAGAGAAUAAAGCAAAUAACUGACAGAUUUUUGGAGCAUGGAUCUAGAACACUUCUAUUCCUGAAGUCAAUUUUACAGGUGUCAUUCUCAACAUGGGAGGAGGGAAACCCAGAGCUGUGCCAGGAUUAUUCAGUUUGUGUUGAUUCAUCAUCUGUUCAUAUGAGGAAUCCUUUUUCAGAAAAGAAGUGGAGGAAGUUCCAAAUAUCAAGGUUAUUUAGUAGCUCAAGCGCUGCAAUAAAAUUGCAAGUAUUAGAUGUGCAAAUUUUCCAAGGAGGAACUAGAGUUGUUGAUCGAUGGCUUGUUGCACUCAGCCUGGGUUCUGGACAAACAAGAAAUAUGGCUCUUGAUAGGCGCUAUCUGUCAUACAACUUAACACCUGUUGCUGGAGUUGCAGCGCAUAUUUCCCGAGAUGGCAAUCCUGCUGAUAUUUAUUUAACGAAUCCCAUGAUGUCCCCUCUUCCUUUGUCUGGUGCAGUAGAUUUUCCUGUCACUGUUUUUGGAUGUUUCCUUGUGUGUCACAAUGGCGGUCGUUUCCUUUUUAAGCACCAAGACAAGGAAGCUUUGGUAGCGGUACAACCCGAUGCUGGAAAUAACUUAAUUGAAGCUUGGAACAGAGAACUGAUGUCAUGUGUUCGUGAUUCCUACAUUGAAAUGAUACUGGAAAUCCAAAAGUUAAGAAGAGACCCUUCGAGUUCUGGAAUUGAGUCGAAUGCAGGCCGUGCAGUUAGUCUGCCUUUGAAGGCCUAUGGAGAUCAAAUUUAUUCCUUUUGGCCAAGGUCUAGCAAGCACGCUUUGAUUGAUCAGACUGGAAAUGGCAGAAAUUUAGUUACAACAGAAGUGCUUAAAGCAGAUUGGGAAUGUCUAGUUGAGCAGGUAAUAAAGCCUUUUUAUGCCCAUGCUAUCAACCUUCCUGUGUGGCAGCUGUACUCGGGAAAUUUAGUCAAGGCUGAAGAGGGGAUGUUUCUUUCACAACCAGGGAAUGGGGUGAGUGGUAAUUUGCUUCCAGCUACGGUUUGUGGCUUUGUGAAGGAGCAUUACCCAGUAUUUUCAGUACCCUGGGAGUUGGUGACUGAGAUCCAAGCCGUGGGGGCUACAGUUCGAGAAAUUAAACCUAAAAUGGUUCGAGAACAUCUAAGGGUUUCUUCAACAUCUAUUGUUCUUCGAUCUGUUGAUACUUAUGUGGAUGUUCUUGAGUAUUGCUUGUCUGAUAUUCAGCUCCCAGGAUCAUCUAAUUUUAAUGAAGAUGAUGCAUCACUAAACCCCAUUAACUCUAAUUCUAUUUAUAGAGCAUCUAAUGUUGUGGAUGGUAGUUCUACUUCUGUUUCAGUCCCUUAUGUGGGUAGUUUUCCUGGGUUGUCCACCGAGAGUGCAGCCAGCUCCGGAGAUGCUCUUGAAAUGAUGGCAAGUUUGGGGAAGGCUAUAUUUGAAAUUGGGCGGGUAGUUGUUGAAGAUAUUGGUCGGACUGGAGGGCCAUUAGUUCAAAGAAACACCAUUGGCAGUAGCAGGAAUAGCAGCAGUGGAAAUGUGGAUCAGAAGCUUUUAUCAAUAGCUGCUGAGCUCAAAGGUUUACCAUGUCCAACUGCAACGAAUCAUCUAACAAAGUUGGGGGUUACUGAACUUUGGUAUGGAGACAAGGAGCAGCAGGAACUAAUGAGUCCGUUAGCAGCAAAGUUUAUCCAUCCCAAGAUAUUGGAUAGAUCAAUCUUGGCUGAUUUUUUUUCGAAUUCUGCUCUUCAGAGAUUGUUAAAACUACAGAAUUUCUCUCUUCACUUACUGGCUAGUCAUAUGAGGCUACUUUUCCAUGCUAACUGGGUGAGUCAUGUAAUGGGUUCAAAUAUGGCUCCUUGGUUUUCGUGGGAGAAAACAAUGAGUUCUGGCGGUGAAGGUGGUCCUUCCCCUGAAUGGAUAAGACUCUUUUGGAAAAGUUUCAGUUGGCCAUCAGAAGACCUCUCUCUCUUUUCUGAUUGGCCCCUAAUUCCUGCUUUUCUUGGUAGGCCAAUCUUAUGCCGUGUAAGGGAGCGUCAUUUGGUCUUCAUUCCACCCCCAGUUACUUCUCCAACCUCAGCAGACGGUGUCUCAGAAAUAGGUGCAACAGGAAGAGAUCCAGCUGUAUUACCUAUGAAUCUCACCUCUGAGAGUAGAGUAGUUCAAUCCUAUGUUUCGGCUUUUGAAGUAGCCAGAACCAAAUACCCUUGGUUGUUGUCACUGUUGAACCACUGUAACAUCCCCAUUUAUGAUAUAGCUUUCAUCGACUGUGCUGUUCCAUGCAGUUUCCUCCCCAAUUCCAGCCAAUCAUUAGGGCAAGUUAUUGCUUCCAAGCUUGUUGCAGCUAAACAUGCUGGCUAUUUCCCUGAACUUGCUUCUCUUUCAACUUCAGAUCGAGAUGAACUUUUUACCCUUUUUGCUAAUGAUUUCUUUUCUAACAGCUCUAAUUACAGAGUUGAAGAACUUGAAAUUUUACGUUCUCUACCUAUAUAUAAAACAGUUGUGGGUUCAUACACUCCCUUGCACAUAGAAGAUCAAUGUAUGAUCUCUUCAAAUUCAUUCCUUAAACCAUACGAUGAGCGUUGCCUUUCUUAUUCCACAGAUUCAAUUGAGUUUUCAUUACUUCGAGCCCUUGGGGUCUCUGAAUUGCAUGAUCAACAAAUUUUGAUAAGGUUUGGAUUGCCUGGGUUUGAGGGAAAACCUCAGCCUGAGCAGGAGGAUAUAUUGAUAUAUCUGUACACGAACUGGCAAGAUCUUCAGGUUGAUUCUUCUUUAGUUGAAGCUUUGAGGGAGACUAAAUUUGUGAGGAAUACUGAUGAAUUUUCCACAGAUCUGUCUAGACCAAAAGAUCUCUUUGAUCCCACUGAUGCUUUAUUAACUUCUGUUUUCUCUGGUGAGAGAAAAAAGUUUCCAGGAGAAAGGUUCAGUACAGAUGGGUGGCUUCGCAUUUUGAGGAAAGUUGGCCUUCAAACUGCAACAGAAGCAGAUGUAAUACUUGAAUGUGCCAAAAGAGUACAGCUUCUUGGAAGUGAAUGCAUGAAAUCAGGGAAUUUAGAUGAUUUUGAGUUGUACAUAACCAACUCUCAGAAUGAAGUUUCUAUGGAAAUUUGGUCAUUAGCGGGAUCGGUUGUUGAAGCUAUUUUGACAAAUUUUGCUGUGCUUUAUGGAAACAACUUCUGUAAUCUCCUUGGCAGAAUUGCAUGCAUACCUGCUGAACUGGGCUUGCCAAAUUUUGGAGGCAAGAAAGGUGGGAAGAGAGUUCUCACUUCAUAUAGUGAAGCGAUUCUGUCCAAGGAUUGGCCACUGGCUUGGAGUUGUGUGCCCAUUAUCUCUAAACAAGCUAUUGUUCCUCCUGAGUACUCUUGGGGAGCACUCCACCUGAGGAGCCCUCCAGCUUUUUCUACAGUUCUAAAACAUUUGCAGGUUAUUGGAAGAAAUGGAGGUGAGGACACUCUGGCUCACUGGCCAACUACAUCAGGCUUGAUGACCAUUGAUGAAGCUUGUUGUGAGGUUUUGAAGUAUCUAGAUAAGGUUUGGGGUUCCCUUUCUUCUUCAGAUAUAAUGGAGUUGCAGAGAGUGGCAUUUCUGCCUGCUGCAAAUGGAACACGUCUGGUUACAGCAAAUUCUCUUUUUGUGCGUCUGACAAUAAACUUGUCCCCAUUUGCAUUUGAACUUUCUUCUUUAUAUCUUCCUUUUGUAAAGAUUCUUAAAGAUUUGGGACUUCAAGACGUUCUAUCAGUUACUUCUGCAAAGGAUAUCCUUUUAAAACUCCAGAAAGCUUGUGGAUACCAGCGUUUAAAUCCAAAUGAACUCCGUGCUGUGAUGGAAGUUUUGCAUUUUGUCUGUGAGACUGUUGAGUCUGAUGGGUCCAUCUGGAAAUCAGAAGCAAUAGUCCCGGAUGAUGGCUGCAGACUUGUUCAAGCAAAUUCCUGUGUAUAUAUUGAUGCUUAUGGCUCCCAAUAUGUCAAAUGCAUUGACACUUCCAGGUUAAGAUUUGUUCACCCACAUCUUCCGGAGGGAAUAUGUAUAGUCCUGGGUAUCAAAAAGCUAUCUGAUGUAGUGAUAGAGGAACUAGAUCCAGAGGAGCAUCUACAGGCUUUGCAACACAUUGGAUCUGUUCCACUUGGAGCCAUCAGAGAGAAGCUUUUCAGCAGAUCACUUCAGCUUGCUGUGCAAACUGUUGUAAAUAGUAUGGCUAGUCACAUUCCUGCAAUCAGUAAUCUAGCUUUGGAGGCCAUAAAAAAUUCUCUAGAAUCUGUUGCAAAGAAGUUGCAGUUUGUUAAGUGCCUCCAUACUCGGCUUUUGCUCCUUCCAAACUCUGUAGACAUUACACGUGCAGCUAAGGAUUCCAUUAUUCCAGAGUGGCAGGAUGGAUCGCAACACCGAACUCUUUACUUUGUUAGUAGGUCAAAUGCCUGUAUUCUAGUUGCUGAACCACCAGCCUAUAUUUCUGUUGUUGAUGUUAUAGCGAUUGUUGUGAGCCAGAUUUUAGGCUCCCCAACCCCAUUACCUAUUGGAUCUUUAUUUUCCUGUCCUGAAGGCUGUGAGACUGCAAUUGUUGAUAUUUUGAAGCUUUGUACUGACAAGAAAGGACCCACAAGUGGAAGCACUAGUGUGAUAGGCAAAGAAAUAUUGCCUCAAGAUGCUCUACAAGUACAAUUUCACCCGUUAAGACCCUUUUAUGCGGGAGAAAUAGUGGCUUGGCGGCCUCAAAAUGGAGAAAAGCUGAAAUAUGGGAGAGUUCCAGAGGAUGUUAGACCACACGCAGGCCAAGCACUCUACAGAUUCAAAGUAGAAGUUUCUUCAGAACUGACUAAGCCACUUCUUUCUUCACAAGUUUUCUCAUUCAGGAGCAUAUCGACAGGCAAUGAGGCUUCCUCGGCAACCUUGCUGGAUAGUACUCAUGCAGUAAUUGGUAGCAGGACGCAUGUUGAGGUGCCCAAAAUUUCUGGUGGGGCCAAAACAAGAUCUCCUCAGCUGCAGCCUGGUAAAGAGCUUCAGUAUGGCAGAGUCUCAGCUGCAGAACUUGUGCAGGCAGUUCAUGAGAUGCUUUCUUCAGCUGGGAUCAAUAUGGAUAUGGAGCAGCAGUCCCUACUGCAAAGAACCAUAACCUUACAAGAACAGUUACAGGAGUCUCGGGCAGCACUUUUGCUUGAGCAGGAAAAAGCCGAUGUUGCUGCAAAAGAAGCCGAUACAGCAAAGGCAGCAUGGCUUUGUCGUGUCUGUUUGAGCGCAGAAGUCGACAUAACAAUAAUUCCCUGUGGGCAUGUACUCUGUCGCAGAUGCUCUUCUGCUGUUGUCAAGUGUCCCUUUUGCCGGGUCCAGGUCACAAAAACCGUGAAAAUUUAUCGGCCAUGACAACCUCUGAUGCUUUGGAUGGGGGUGUAUUGUUAUAUAGUGUAUAUGUUCUUAGAUCUACAUCUUUGAAACUGGAAUCUUUUCACUUCAUUUAAAUCCAAGGGGGUUACAUUGCUCUGUGGUCUUUUUGGGGAAAACGAUUGAACCUCGAGGGAAGUUGAUUUCCUUUGCAACAAAGCCUGAUGAGGUACUGAGUCUCAAUUUGCCCAUAUUUUUAGAAUUUUUAGGGGUGUUUUGUGGCAUCAUUUGUUCACUGAACCCCUUGUACAUAGUGGAUUAAUUUAUUAUGUACAGAGAAAUUGAAAGUCGGUUCCUUCUAUGGUAUAUUAUCCAGAUUUUUUGCUAUUUUA